AUGGGAAAGCUUCCUUUAUGGGAAUAUAAGGCUGCAAAUAGAAAAACCAUUUGUGUUGUUGCUGCAAUACUUGCAGGUUGGUUGUUGUGUAAGGUCUUAGGCAUUGUUUUACUAUUGGUGAGAAUGAGACACUAUGUAAGUGAAUUUGAAAGAGUGGAGGAUUCUCUGGUCCUGUACAGGUACAGAGAUUUAAAAGCUGAAACAAAGAACGUUGGCUUUGGUUAUGUUCUCAAAGCUACUUUGGAUUCUCUAGAGUCAAUUCUGUUCAAUAAAAGUGUGACCAUCUUACAUUGGAAUGCGAGGUACCAGAUUGCUAUUGGAAUUGCUAAAGGGCUUUGUUAUCUCCAUGAAGAGUGCAGAGAAUGCAUCAUACAUUGCGAUAUCAAACCAGAGAAUGUCUUGUUGGAUGAAGAGUGCUACCCAAAACUAGCAGAUUUCGGCCUUGCAAAGCUCAUAGGCAGGGACUUCAUUCGCGUUGGAAUGUUGCUUUUCGAGCUCAUACCAGGAGAAAGAAACAACACACAGUUGGAGGAAGGCAUGAAGAGAUAUUCUUCCUUUGUUGGAUUUAAGGUUGGAGGGAAACACUGA